AGGCAAUGGAGAAGACAGGCUAGUGCAAAUAAAUGUUUAGGUUGCAUCCUUCCUAAUUAGCUGGGAAGCUGAUGGUGCAGCGGGGAAUUAGGGCCAGGGAAACCAUCUCCACGGCAACCUCAAACCUCCAGGCUCUGCCUCGGAGCUGCUCGCCCAUCCCCGGGACCCGGCGGGGCAGGAUGAAGCUCCUGGGUGCUGUGUUGCUGGCUGCUGGCCUGCUCGGCCCUGCUGCCCGGGGGGAGCAGCCCCCCUGGCCGGACGAGCCUGUGCGGACCUGCUUCUUCCAGACGCUCAGCAGCGCGGACGGCGAGUUCUGCAGAGGGGAUGUAGAAAUUAUCUACCCGGAGCUGGGCGACGUGGGCUGCAUGUACAUCCCCAAGUGCCACUGGUACCGGCGGCGGAUCAGCAGGGAGUGGGGCAGCCCCCGCGUUCGGUACCCCCAGGCUGAGAAGAGCAAGAAGUACGUGCUGGUGCUGGUGGACCCCGAUGCUCCCAGCAGAGCCGACCCCAGGAACCGUUUUUGGAGGCACUGGUUGGUCACCGACAUCCCAGGUGUGGAUCUGAGGACCGGGGACAUCAAAGGGCUCGUGCUGACGGAUUACGUCCGGCCCACCCCCCCGCCCCGCAGCGGGUACCACCGCUACCAGCUCCGCCUGUACGAGCAGCCGGCUCACGAGGCCAUCGCCCUGAGCCCCGAGGAACGGGUCUCACUGGGUGCUUGGGCGUUGGAGAGCUUCGUGAAGCGCUUUCGGCUGGGGUCCCCCGUGGCCUCGACUCAGUUCCUCACCAAAUACUACGAGGAUUAGCGCCGGCCGUCGUGCCCUUAACCCUGCGCAGCUGCACCUCCUUCCCCACACCCCAGAGCCACCUCUGCUCAGACUGGGAGAAGACCCCAGGACCCACUGAGAAUGCUCCCACCCCCCCUGCCAGCCCAGAUUCACAGCAGAAACCCAAAAACCAGGGAGAGGGGUUCUCUUUCCCUCUGAGAGUAACAUCCCGAGCGGCAGCCCGGCUCACCCUGGGUGCCCUGGGAAGGAUGGCAUCACCCUCUUCUCCUCCCCUCACCCCAUUUCUGGCCUGACCCCCAGCAUGUCCAGCUUGCAUUUUGGAGGGGGGGGUCUUAAGCUUUUUGCCUGCAGCUUUCGGAAUAAAACACGGAUGGAGCGCUCA